AUGCCCUACGAAAUAACUCCUCAAGAUUUCUGUCUAAUAGUUAAAAAUCCCCGUUGUCAAGGACAAGAAAUAACCAACGGUACCGCCAAAGAAGGACAGCAUAAAAUGAGUGAUGACUUAAAGCAAAUAAAUAAGAACUUUAGGGCUUUUGACACUUUAGUCAAACAGCAGGUCAAAUUAAGCAAAAGCAAAAAUGAAAAAGAAUUUAAUAAUUCCAAAAAAUCUCUCCUCAACUCCUUUAAAUCUCUAAAAGAAAAGUGCGAGGAUGAAAGUGGAGCAGGAUUUUUCUAUGGGAGUUGUAUUGGGUUGGAUGGUGACAAAAAUACUUUUGCUACCCGUAUUAAAGAGACUUUUAAAAGAUUGGCUAAAGAAUUGG